AUGACGGCACAUGUCUACACUCGCGAGGAGGUGUCGAGUCACGCCACGAAGGAGACCGGCUGGUUCAUCGUGCACGGCAACGUCUGCGAUGUCUCCAAGUUCUACGACAACCACCCGGGGGGUGGGGAUGUGCUGCUCCACCUCAUCGGCGGCGACGCCACCGAGGCGUUUGAUGCAGUUAACCACAGCGAUGCGGCGAAGCGGCGAAUGGAGUCUCUCAAGAUUGGCACACUGAAGCAGGGCGACACCAAGGGCUGCAUGCGGCUCAGCGAGGUUGCGGAGCGGCAGAAGCAUGAGCUAAGGAAGCAGGCGACGGCGUGCUGGCUGGCCAUUGAAAACAAGGUGUACGAUCUGACAUCGUUUAUUGACCUCCAUCCUGGCGGCCGUGAUGUGCUGCUGUGCGAGUCCGGAACGGACGCCACGCUGGCGUUUGAGAAAAUCGGCCACAGUGGUGGUGCACGCCGGAUGAUGAAGUCGUACGAGGUGGCAGAAUUACACCCAGACGACAUGCGCACCGUCGUGGCCCCCACCGCCAGCGCGAAGCACAAACACAGUCAGGAUCCCCCUACGAAUGGAGCCUGGAAGCGGGACAACUCGUUGCGGGACUUUGUGUUGGGCCAAUUGCAGCUCGGGCUUGUGGUGUUGCUGGCAAUCAUGGCCGUCGGUUUUGCGCUGAGCAAAUUGUAG